UGUGUUGCAAAUCCCGUAAAACUCUAUACUAAAACUUAAACUAAAACAAUGCUUCGGACGGGGAUUAUGGAACCGAUACAUUUCGAUAGAUAUUUAGAUCGAUGUCUCACACCAUAGUCCCCCCCCCAAAAAAAAAAUUGUUUUUUAAUUAAAAAAGGAAAGUAGGAUUACGAAGUAAUUCUUUUUUCUUUUUUGUCUUUUCAGCGACUUUGAGAAAUUUUAACCAGCUCACGACAUCGUGAGGAAAAAAACCUUUCACCAGAACAGACAACAACGACAACUGACGAAAGUAGACGACUUUGAGAAGGGAGAAACAGUAAACCAGUGCUGUAUCACAUUGUGCACUGUCGACAAAAUGACGUGUCCAGACAAUGUCACGUGACAGCUGCGAACCAAUCAGCAUUGACGUGACGUCAUCCAGUGCCGACCAAUAGGAUGAGCUCUGAGACAGAGAGUGGAUACCCCGAGGAAAAUGGAUGAAUAAACAUGAAACCAUGCGUAUCAGCCGAAGAGGGUGUGGACCAGUGACGCCACUACUGCUGCUGCUGCUGCUGCUGCUGGCGACCACAGAGUCGUGCAGUCCUGGCCGCGGGUCGGGAAGGCGCAGGCGGCCGCGGAAGCUCACGCCGUUGGUUUUCAAACAGCACGUGCCGAACGUGAGUGAGAACACCCUGGGCGCCAGUGGACUCACAGAUGGCCGAAUCCGGCGGCACGAGCCCAAGUUCAAGGACCUUGUGAGGAACAACAACCCGGAUAUCUUGUUUAAGGACGAGGAGGGGACCGGCGCCGACCGGAUUAUGUCACAGGUCAGUCCCAGAUCAAAGAG